CACAGAAUCCUCCUGAUACCACCGACACGAUGACUUACACGAAGACCUACCCCACUCCUCUCACAACCGAGAUUUCCAACCCUCGGCUGCGGCUUCUGAACAAGAUCAAAGCCGGAGAAUACCCGUUGAUGACUUUCAUGGCCCUCCCUUCCGUGCGCAUGGCCCAGAUUGUCGCUCUGACCGGGGUUGACGGUAUCAUCAUUGAUUGCGAGCAUGGUCAUAUCUCCGACGACGCCAUGCACAACUCUGUCGCAGCCAUUUCCUCCCUGGGUGUAUCCCCCAUCAUCCGCAUUCGCGGUCCCACUCAUGACAUUGUCAAACGUGCGCUCGAUACGGGUGCCCACGGCAUCAUGGUUCCCCAAAUAAACACCGUCGAAGAGGCACAACAAGUGGUGGCGUCCGCCAAGUUCCCGCCACAGGGAUUGCGGGGGCAAGGGUCCGCCUUUCCUGCCAUCGGUCAUGGCCUGACUACGCCCGAGUACAUGAAGUCAGCCAAUGAGACUAUCAUCACCAUGAUUCAAAUUGAGACCCGUGCUGGUGUGGAGAAUGUCGACGCAAUCUGCGCCGUUCCGGGUGUGGAUCUUGUCUUCAUCGGACCCAAUGACUUGGCACAGUCUCUCCUCGGCUACGUGCCUGCACGGGGAGAUGAGCCGGAGUUUGUUGCUGCAGUUGAGAAGAUUGUUACGGCGGCGAGGAAGCAUGGCAAGUGGGCAGGGAGAAUGGUUAACAAUGGGACUUUGGCAAAGGAGGCUAGAAAGACAUAUGACACGGUCGCUAUCACAGGCGACACCAAAGCGAUUCAGAAUUGGUAUAUGGCAGAGUUUGAGGUAGCAAGGUCAUGAACAGAGUGGACUGUAUAGAUUAGAAAACAUUGUCAUUUAGCUGAACUAGAAGAAUGAGAGCAUUGCCUCGUAUCGAAGACUCUUCUGCUGUAGCAUGGCUAAUGACAUGUACUGCUUAUGUCCAUGACCAAAUAGAGAUAGAAUUGACGAAUUCCAGUGAGCUGAUAAUGAAGUAAUA